AGUACAGUUGUAGUUCACAGUUCACAACAUUACAGUAAAAAUAGGAUAUUCGCUGCCUGCCGCUUAUGUGCUAAACGGCAAAAACCGGCAACUUGGCGACCGGAGAACGCGUCACUCGAUUCCCACCACAUCGACAACCGGGCCGGGACCCCGAAAAAUGGGUCUGAGCUGAGCGGUGCACCCUUCCUUUAUUUCCUGUGUUGUCGUCGGAUUUACAAGCGACGGCUGGCUGGCUGGCUGGGUGCUAACGCUAGCACGCUAGCUCUCCGAGAAGAGCAGACACGGCAACAACGGCUGUCCGCCCGCCACAGUCCUCGGGCUGGUUCUCUGCGCCGCCGCCGCCUCCGCCGCCGCAGCAGCAGCAGCUAUGUUCGUGCAGGAGGAGAAGAUAUUCGCCGGGAAAGUGUUGAAAAUACACAUCUGCACGAUGGACGGCACAGAGUGGCUUGAGGAGGUCACGGAAGACACCACUGUUGAAAAACUGAAGGAGAGGUGCUUGAAACAUCAUGUUCAUGGAACUCUAGAAGACCCCAAAACACUUACCCAUCAUAAACUUAUACACGCUGCUACAGAAAGAGUCCUCACCGACACCAAAACUAUCGCUGAUGAAAACCUUAAAGACAAAGAUGUUUUGCUGCUCAUAAAGAAAAGACCGCCUCCAACCCCUCCCAAGAUGGCAGAUGUUAGUUCAGAUGAAAAGAAGAAACAAGAUACCAAAGCUCCAGAUAAAGAUGCUAUCCUGAAGGCUACUGCCAGCCUGUCCACACGGCACACUGAGCGCACUGUUACACAGCACAACAUCAGAGAUUUUCAAACGGAGCUUAGAAAAAUCCUGGUUUCUCUUAUUGAAGUUGCACAGAAGCUUCUUGCCUUGAACCCCGAUGCUGUUGAACUCUUCAAAAAGGCCAACGCGAUGUUAGAUGAAGAUGAGGAGGAUCGUGUGGAUGAAUCGGCCCUCCAGCAACUCACUGAGAUGGGUUUCCCUGAGAGCAGAGCCAUCAAAGCGCUUAGACUCUGCCACAUGUCGGUGACCCAGGCUAUGGAGUGGCUGAUCGAACACGUAGAUGACCCCACUGUGGAUGCACCACUACCGGGACAGGACUCCUCCGGGGCAUCAGGGGCUGCGGCAGCGACGACAACGGGCCCCUCAGCUUCAGCCUCCACUUCAGCCAACAUUCUUUCCAACCUCUCAAGGCAAUCGAGCUCCGAUGAGAGCAGCCGGCAGGAUGAACUCACAGAGAUCUUCAAGAGAAUACGCAGGAAAAGGGAGUUCAGGCCAGACUCCAGGGCUGUGAUUGCAUUGAUGGAGAUGGGCUUUGAUGAAAAGGAAGUGAUUGAUGCUCUCAGAGUGAAUAAUAACCAACAAGAUGCAGCGUGUGAGUGGCUGCUGGGAGACAGGAAACCAUCUCCAGAGGAUCUAGAUAAAGGCAUCGACACCAACAGCCCUCUGUUUCAAGCAAUUCUGGAAAACCCAGUGGUCCAGUUGGGUUUAACGAAUCCCAAGACUCUGCUAGCGUUUGAAGACAUGCUGGAGAAUCCUCUGAACAGCACCCAGUGGAUGAACGACCCCGAGACCGGCCCGGUCAUGCUCCAAAUAUCCAGAAUCUUCCAGACCCUCAAUCGCACAUAGAGCCUCCUGAUUACCCUCGUGUGAUUGUGGCAGCUUGUGUGUAUGUAUGAUCAUACCAGGAAAUGUGUGUAUGGAUGUGACACAAAUAGAGUUUACUGGGCUUUGUUUUGUUUCUUUUUUUUCUGCCUUGUAAAGAAAAACCCAGAGGAGUUAAAGGUUUGAAUUAAAAUGUUACACUAUUUAUAACAAUACAGUAAAACGCCUGUACAAAACAAAGGUUAUUAUUAUUAUUAUUACAGUGAUAAUAUAAAUUGAGAUUUAAUAUGUUGUUUUUACAUAUUAAUAAGAACAAUUUACAGAUAUGACAGACAUGAUUUAUUUUAUAUCAUUUCUCCAUGUAAAGAAAUGACAUCAGGCAUCAAUUUAAUGUUUACACUUUAAAGAACAGUUUUUGUAUGAUUUGCAAUAUUUAAAUAUAACAGUCUUCUCUGUUUCUUUAAAAUGUUACAUUUCAUUAUUAAUGAAUGUGUGGAGGAGUUCUGGUCCCGAUGAUGUUUGGGUUUCUACUUCUAAUGUCAUCAGAAGAACAGGUUGUUAUUCGAGUCGAGUGUUCCUGAAGCUCUUUGAAAACGAGCUUUCAGAUGCGGUUCUGCUCAGACGCUUACACAAUCAUCACUGGCAUGAAUGUCAGAAAAAUCUUGUGCUUUUCAUAAUUUUUCCUCAAUGCUUUUUAACAUAAAAAUGCAGUUAUUUAAAAAACUAUUUGAAUUAUUUGUGGAUUUUCUCUCGUCUAAAGAAGAUCCAAAUCAAAAUACAUUUUUGUGUAUUCAACACAUGUUUCCUGCAGCUAUAAAAGAAGCUUCUGGUGUAAGUCUGGGGAUUUUUAACCAUGUUUUUGUCAUAACUGGUUGAUUUUUUUUUAUGUGUUCCAACUAUCUAACUGCUGAAUUUAGAGUAAUUUAGUUAGACAGUCCCACAGCAUAAUGCGGCCACCACCAUUUUUGACAGUUGUUAGUGUGAUUUGGUUUGAAUUCCUUUAAACCUUUUUUUGUGGUCUUUGUAUUUCUUCACAGUGUUAAAUCAGGAGACAAUAUGCAGGCAGCUACAAAUGUGUUGAGCUUGGAGCAGGGAUUUCUUUCUUACUCCACACCAAGACUUCAUUCGCUGAAGUCCGUAAACUGGUUCUUCAGCUGUUUCUGGUGGCUGUUUAGCUCCUGAUAAAGGAAUCUUAAUGGAUUCCUUUAUUUUAAUGGCAAUCAUUCAGGUCACAUGGAUGAAACUUGGACACAGUUGGGUUUCCUAACAGGAUAAUGAUCCCAAACAUUCUAAAAAAGGUUUUAAGAAUAUAUUUAGCUGGCUAAAAUGAAGAUUAUUUCUAAAACCCAGCCCUCAACUAUGAAUACAAUAUUUAUAGUUUCCUCGGUUUGCUUAAAAGCCAGAAAACAAACUAAUUUUUAAAGAUUCAGAAGCUUGUUAGUGAUGACAAAAUAUUUACUGUUAGUUGAGAUUUGUUUAUAUAUUUCAAACUGUUUAGAUUACAUAAAAUAAACAAAAAAUCAAAACUUUUCCACAGUUGUUGGUUUUAUCUUCAUUCUUCUGUGGAAAAGGAAUGACAAUAUUUAAAAGUCCAAUAUUAUUAAUGACAUUCAGGCCAGUGAUGAGAGCAUGUAAACUUCUGACCGGUACUGUGUUAUACAUUACCUCUCCUUUGACACCCGUAAAUCACUGUAAGUCGUAUACCUCUCACUUAAUAAGAGGAAAACUUCUGUCGUCUGCGAACAUAAAAAAUUUUUUUGCCUUUUCAGAGAGACCUUGUACUCUAAUUUGUGUCGGUCCUGAUUUUCCAACAGUAUGUUACAGUAGGCCUGUGUGUUUGUUGUCAAUGUGGACUUGAAUGUCACUAUAUCUGCGCUUCUUUAGCACUUGUUCACCUUUUGGAACACUGCUCACUGCGGCACAGACGAAGUCAAAUCAUGGAUUGUCUGGAGUCGGACAGUGCAUGAAGCUGAGCCUGAUCAAAAUGUGGGGUUGGGGUUUGCCUUUUAAACCUUUAAUUUGAAUCUUUGAAUGACAAUGCAUUUGAAUCACGCUGCUGGGACACAAGCGUCUUUAUAAACACAGUUUUGGUCUCCAGUUUUCUUCAGAGAGCAAUGAACACUUCAUGCUAUUAACCAAACCAAAAUGUUCCUGUAUUUCAUGCCUUCUACCCAGUGAAGAGGGGAGAAAAUCAGUUUUUCUGUGCAAUAGUAAAGACUUAAAGAUAUGUAUCUGAUAUGAGUAUUAGUGAAACUGAAAGGGUUAGAGUGUUUUACAAUAUUAGCAUUUGCAUUGAGUACUCAAAACCUCCAGCUAAAAGUUGGAGCUCUUUGCCUCUUGUAGUUUUACUAAAAAAACAAUAUGGAGGGCGGAAUUGGUUGUUUUAUUUUUAUUUUUUUUGCCAAGCUUUUGCGUGUUUUUAUUCUAUAUUUAAAAUGUAGUACUGAUAUGACUUUCUGCUCAGGGAGGCUUAGAUUGUUGUCAUGGCAAACCCCUGCUCAACCGAUGUUAGUUUGGCUUUAGCAAGUCUCUUCAGAACGCAACAUCAAGACAUGCAAUAUUUAACAAAAAAAGAAAAAAAAGAAGAUAUUUAAAUGUUUUUGGAGAGAAGUGUCUGUUUGAACUGUGUUUUAUUACAUUAUUUAUAUCAAAGCCAAACUCGUAACUUGGUCUUAUUUCUAACAGUUUUAGCAAACCUCAAAGCUGCACUUCAAAUGUGAAAAGAGAAAUGCUUCAAAGGUUGUUUUACGUCGUUUUAAAGAUGUUCCUAUUAUGAAAAUUGUUGGUCAAGGUGUGGUUUGGUGUUUGAACAGGGUGGGUUGAUGUGUAGAGCUGCUGAGAACUAUACAUAUAGAGAUAUUGCGCUUAAAGAAAACAUUAAACCAAAAAAAGAGAGAACAUUUCCAAACAUUCAUCUGGAAUUUAAAUUAACCAAGCAAAUCGUCUUUGUGUUUAUCAGCUAUUUCUGCUCUGCUAUGUCAUGCAAGAUUGUCCCACAUCAACAACCUAUGCAAUCUAUUCAGUGUCUGUUCAUUCAAACAGCCACAAGGCUACUGACAUCUAAAUCACUCUCACAUUAAAGUUAAUUUGUUCUGUG